CAAACCUAUCUUACAUGGUAUUAGAGCAAACGAUUAACCUCUGACCUAAUUUUUUUUUUUUUUUUUUUCCUUCUUCCUACCGCAAUCUAAAUGUCAAACUCAGGCAAUGCCUCAGCCGAGAUGACUCUUGUCUUCAACCCCUCGGACAUGAAAUCGUCCAUCAUCUCGCUCAACAUGAACGGGAUCACAAAACUAACCUCCGCCAACUUCAUCACGUGGAGACUUCAAGUUCAAGCUCUACUUGAAGCGCAUGAACUUCAUGUCUACGAUCAUUAUCUUCAGUAUGGAUAUACACUAAUAGCUCCUAGCUUUUGUCCUCUAUAUAUUAAGGAAUAUUGGUCGAUGUGUCAGUGGAACACAAAGGCAUUACUGGUAGAAUACACUUUUCAAUCGGACCAGAAGAAGCCAAUGGUUGGACCAGGAAGACCUCAAAUCGUCCUCUUCGGUUCAUCAAUCGUUCAAUACAGCUUCAGCGAUGGUGGAUGGGGAGCCACUCUCGCUAACAUCUACUCUCGCACGGCUGACGUAAUCCUUCGUGGGUAUGCUGGUUGGAACUCCAGAUCUGCCUUGAAGGUGUUAAACCAAGUGUUCCCAAAGGAUGCUGUUAUACAACCUUCUUUGGUGAUAGUCUAUUUCGGAGGGAAUGAUUCAAUGCCUCCUCAUCCAUCAGGGCAAGGACCUCAUGUUCCUCUCUCUGAAUUCACUGAGAACAUGAGGAAGAUCGGAGAGCAUCUUUUGAGCCUCUCGGACAAGACCCGUGUCAUUUUUCUCACUCCCCCACCAAUGAACGAGAGACAAAUCCAACUAGUGUUUGGAGAUGCAAUGAGAGGCCGGAGUAACGAGCUGUGUCGUCCAUACGCAGAAGCGUUGUUGAAUCUAUGCAGAGAGAUCAAUGUGAAAGGUAUCGAUCUUUGGAACGCAAUACAGCAACAAGAUGAUUGGUUACACACUUGCUUCACUGACGGUAUCCAUUUCACGGCCAAGGCGAGCGAGAUUGUGGUGAAGGAGAUAUUGAAAGUAGUGAGAGAAGCUGAUUGGAAACCGAGUCUUGACAGGAAGUCAUUACCGGUUGAGUUUCCAUUUGAUUCUGGUCUACCAAACUCCCCAAGACAUAGUGAUCUAGAAUUAACUAGAAACAAGAAGUUGGAGCCUCGUAUGGCCCGAUUGUAAAACAACUCAGGACUUAGACGUAUCAUGCUUAUACAUUGACAUCUUGAUGGUCUACCAGUUUAACCGUUUGUUUGCAUCUUGGUAUUCAGAAAGAGAUGCAUUCGAAUCUAGAAAUUUUGUUCUUCUUUAAAA